AUGAAUGAAGAAGGCAACAACCCGUUUGUUGCUAUCUCUGGCCAGAUCACAGCAGUCGCUGCUGUAGGUAGACGCAGUAAUGCCCUACGUGACAUUGGAGAUUAUCAGCUGAAGCUUGUAUACUCUGGUGAGCCGGAUGGCGACACCGACUCGAGGAAGUCAGCACCGAAGAAAGAGUCAGAAGUAUUCAAGGCGGAGUAA